CAAAGAAACAUUACUCGAGCCUCUGUUUCAAAGAGAAUGUCGUGGUUGGCCAACAGAACAACAACGAGGACUGAGGACAUGGCUUAUUGUAUGCUUGGCAUAUUUGACAUCAACAUGCCGCUUCUCUAUGGAGAAGGGAAGAGAGCUUUCUUCCGCCUCCAAGAGGAGAUCAUCAGAGGAUCCAACGAUCACACUAUUUUCUGCUGGGAAUGGAACGAUGAUGUCCCUGAUGACUGGGGUAGUCUUCUUGCCCCAUGGCCAACCGUUUUUGAGGGGUCAAGUGGGUUUGAAGGUCUCAAAAUGGACGAGCUUUCGGUCUUUUCGAUGACAAAUGCAGGAUUAUCUAUUCGGUUGCCCACUAUAACCACCCUUGGAGACGCAUACAAGGCUGCCAGCUCCUGGUUCAUUAUGCUACAAGCAGCACCGGCAAGCACCGCUCGCAAUAAUCCGCAGGCAGCGUGCAUUAGAGUUUCGGGUCGCAGUGCAGGUGAUCUACUGUAUGUGUCGAGAUUCCCGUAUCCUCCGCGACCAAUGGCUAUGUCGAGAACACUGUUGGGGAACUUCAAUACAAAGUCCCUAAUUGUUAUGAACAGACUGGCAAACGGAAAGGUCCUCACCACAUCAAGAAGACUAAGUGAGAUCUACAGCAAUAAAAACACAAUUACAUUUAUACCUGUUUUUUCCCCGCCAAAUCUUCAAAACGGGUGGCGUUUUGAGAGCCUACACAAAGAAUAUGAUCUCAAUACGAUCUUACUGCUAGGCGCCGUCCCAAUAACAAUUAAUGAGCAGAAAUUUGGUGUGGGUGGAAUCCUGGCCACCUGGUACGAAAAAAAUGAAAGCAAGUUACAGAUCUUGCUAGGGGGAAGAGUGAAACAGGGUUCUGUUUAUCCUUUGGUCAAGCUUGAUUCAGCCUACUCAGAAAAGACCUGGUACCACUGGAAACAACAUGUCAAGGCAAUCACAUCCGCCAAACCGGAGUGCCACUUCAGCAAAAGUCUCGGAAUAACAGCGGUUCUGAGAUACUCCAUAGACGUUAUAAGAGGUAGCGAAAAUUGUUACUUCUUAUUUCUCGUGAAGGACGAAUCUGCCCAUUCCUCUCUAAGCUUCCUAUCGGCAGUGGGCCAGUGCGAACGAGGAAAUGAUGACGAUUCGAGCGACGCGGCAUCUGAUGUGGCUGAAACUGGCUGGAUCUGCGCCCUUGAGACUCACCCUGCGCCGAGUUUUGUUUCUAUAAAUGACCCAAAUGAGUACACCUUGGGUCGAAUAGGAAAUCACAACGUCGUCAUUGCUGUUCUUUCUCAAGGAUAUGGCACAUCGAGUGCAGCCAGCGUCGCGACCCAUAUGACCUUGAGCUUUCUCAAUAUCAGGAUUGGAUUGCUAGUCGGUAUAUCAGGCGGUGUCCCUGGCAUACAGCAUGAUAUACGACUUGGAGAUGUUAUAGCUAGCACUCCAGGAAAUGGACAUAAUGGCGUUUUUGCAUACGAUAUGGGCGUGGCUCUUCAGGGCCAAGAAUUUGAGAUUCGGAGAGUUCUGAACGCGCCACCUUUCCAGCUCCUGGCGGCAAUGAAUGGUCUCAGAGCCCAACACAAGAUUCAAGUGCAUCGGCUUCAGCAAUCCAUCCGCGAGAUUCUGGGCAGAAGGCCAAAACUACGCACCAAGUUCGGACGCCCUGAUCCAGACUCUGAUCGGCUCUAUUUUCCCCAUAUUGUUCACCCGUCUGGCCAAUCUUCCCAUUGUGCGGGGCAUUGUGGAAGCGAUCCAUCAACGCUUGUUCUGCGGCCAGAAAGAAUGGAUGCAGAAAACGGCAUUGUCAUUCAUUAUGGCCUUAUCGCUUCUGGAAACACUCUUUGCAGAGAUGCCAAUCUACGUGACAAAUUUGCCCAGAAGGGAACUAAAGACUGGCAAGGAUAUGCUGCUAUGACUGCCGCAGCAUAUGCCAAAGACCUUCUCAAGCAUGUCACUCGAUCGCAGGUUGCGACGAAACGAGAGACGCGUGCUUGUGGCACGAAAUGUUUAACCGGUCAUUACUCGAGUCUCCUCAUGGAGACAGUAUUCGUUUUCAUGCUGUUCUUACUUGUAGAGGCUAUCGCAAGUAAUGUGGUCUGA